AUGUCCCUUCAGAUGAGUGGAGGGUUCACACCCCCCCACAGCCCCUUCCAGCCCCCUCACAGCCCCCUCCAGCCCCCUCACAGCCCCUUCCAGCCCCCUCACAGCCCCCUCCCGCCCCCUCACAGCCCCUUCCAGCCCCCUCACAGCCCCCUCCAGCCCCCUCACAGCCCCUUCCAGCCCCCUCCAGCCCCCCCACAACCCCCUCACAGCCCCCUCACAGCCCCCUCCAGCCCCCCCACAGCCCCCUCCAGCCCCCUCACAGCCCCUUCCAGCCCCCUCCAGCCCCUCCACAGCCCCCUCCAGCCCUCCCACAGCCCUCUCCAGCCCCCUCACAGCCCCCUCACAGCCCCCUCACAGCCCCCUCACAGCCCCCUCCAGCCCCCUCACAUCCCCUUCCAGCCCCCCACAGCCAAGCCCCCUCCAGCCCCCUCACAUCCCCUUCCAGCCCCCCACAGCCAACUCACAGCCCCUCACAGCCCUCUCCAGCCCCUUCCAGCCCCCCCACAGCCCCCCCACAGCCCCCUCACAGCCCCCUCACAGCCCCCCCACAGCCCUCUCCAGCCCCCUCACAGCCCCUCACAGCCCCCUCACAGCCCCCUCCAGCCCUCUCCAUCCCCCUCACAGCCCCCUCCAGCCCCCUCACAGCCCCCUCACAGCCCUUCUCCAGCCCCCUCACAGCCCCUCACAGCCCCCUCACAACCCUCUCCAGCCCUCUCCAGCCCCCUCACAGCCCCCUCACAGCCGUCUCCAGCCCCCUCACAGCCCUCUCCAGCCCCCUCACAGCCCUCUCCAGCCCCCUCACAGCCCUCUCCAGCCCCCUCACAGCCCCCUCACAGCCCUCUCCAGCCCCUCACUGCCCCUUCCAGCCCCCUCCAGCCCCCUCACAGCCCCCUCAGCCACCUCACAGCCACCUCACAGCCCCCUCCAGCCACCUCACAGCCCCCUCAGCCCCCUCCAGCCCCCUCACAGCCCCCUCCAGCCACCUCACAGCCCCCUCCAGCCACCUCACAGCCCCCUCCAGCCACCUCACAGCCCCCUCCAGCCACCUCACAGCCCCCUCCAGCCACCUCACAGCCCCCUCCAGCCCUCUCCAGCCCCCUCACAGCCCCCUCACAGCCCCCUCACAGCCCCCUCCAGCCACCUCACAGCCCCCUCCAGCCACCUCACAGCCCCCUCCAGCCCCCUCACAGCCCCCUCCAGCCACCUCACAGCCCCCUCCAGCACCUCACAGCCCCUUCUCUGCUGGGGAAUUCCUCUCCUCCCGACUUAGCUGCACACCUGAGAGAGAGAGAUGGUUCCCUCUGA